AUGGAUAUGGACGAGGACGAGGAGCUCAGUGAUCGCGAUGCUUCUGGAGAGGAGAUUGACGACGAAAUGGAUCAAGAUGCGGAGGGGGAAGACUAUAACGAGCUUGUAGAUCAACAAAUCGUGGUCAGCAACGGUCGGUCUCUCGAACUGAACGACGAUGAGGACGACGAUGCAGACGGUGAAGACGAUGGCGAUGAAGGGGUUGGCGCGGUUAAGAUCAAACCAGGCGAUACCGAUGACGAAGACGAGGAGGACGAGGAUGGUGAAGAAGACGCAGAGAGCGACGAUUCAGAUCUUCUCAGUAAUGCUGAAGAUGAUUCGGAUGAAGAGCCCGCAUGGGAAGAUGCUGGAGAGGUAGAAGGGGACGAGGAUUCAGAGAACGAUGGCCCGUCGAAUAUUUGCAUGUUUUGCAAACAAGAUGAAGAAAACGACCCAAGUGAGGAUUUUGAGGCGUUUCUGUCUUGUUCUCGGUGCGGUGACAAUGCCCAUCAGCAAUGCGCAAGAGAUGGAGCGGCAAUGAGCGAACAGAACAAUUCAAAGCACUGGAAAUGUCCCGAAUGUGAUAAUGGCGCUUCUGAUCAGGAGGAAGAGGAACCCGAAGAACCAGAGAAGGAUCCUAGCAUCAAUGGCCAAGCCAGGCCCGAAUCGCAGCUUUCAGACGCCCCUCCUGAGUCGUCCCCCAGACGUCAGAUGCAAGACGAUGCAGGAACCCGAUCUUCUCCUAACGACCACACGGCCGCGGGGGAUGUCUCGGACGGGCCUCGCGCGCUGAGAAAGAGAAAGACAUCGUCGGUAGAGCCUGAGGAGGCUACUAUUGCUCUGAGGAGACGACGACGCGGCCUUUCGACCGAUGGCGUGUCUGCUAAUGAAGAAACUGAUGGCAAGUCGGCGGAACCAACCAGGGGAAGCUCACGUGCGGUUCGAUUAAAAGUCACUCGCCCGUCUCUGGUCGUCAUUGAUAGGAAAUCGCGAGCAUCACUUGUUGUGACCAUGCGCGUGCGGCCUGGAAAUCUCAAGGAAAUUCUUUCGCGCAGGCGCAGAGAAAGGAGAAGGUCUGGAGCAAACGGACGGGCACCACGCACGCCAGUCGCACCAUCAGCUGUACGCCCCAACUCUGGAGCUGUUACCGCAACACCCGUGCUCCCAACACCUUUUACAACAGAUUUCUAUUCAACGCCCUUCUAUUCCUUGUUUGACAAGGAGACUGAAGACAUGAAAGGAAAGCCCUACGGUGGCAUCCUGACGGAAGCAGAAGCUGAUACCACAAAAACGCUACCGCAGCCUGACGAUCGCAGGCGCUUCGACCAAGCCAAACAGAGUGCAGAAGAUGAAUGGAGAGCUCGCGUCCUGCAGAUGCAGGCAGAGAUAGACAUGCCCAUCCGCAAGUCCAAGAAGUCAAGUGACAACGCCAGCCAAAUCGAGUGCAUCGAAUUUGGUGGAUGGGAGAUUGAUACUUGGUAUGCAGCACCGUACCCAGCAGAGUAUAGUAGAAACCGUGUGCUCUACAUAUGCGAAUUCUGCCUCAAAUACAUGAACUCGGACUACGUGGCAUGGCGCCACAAGCUUAAAUGUGCAGCAAAACACCCCCCUGGAGACGAGAUAUAUCGGCAUGGAUCGGUAUCGGUAUUCGAAGUUGACGGCCGGAAAAAUCCAGUCUACUGCCAAAACUUGUGCCUUUUGGCAAAGCUUUUCCUGGGAUCCAAGACACUGUAUUACGACGUGGAGCCAUUUUUGUUUUACGUUUUAUGCGAGUACGAUGAAUGCGGCUAUCAUUUCGUUGGCUACUUCUCCAAAGAGAAACGCGCGAGCAGCCAAAACAACGUAUCGUGCAUUUUGACACUGCCGAUCCAUCAGAGAAAGGGAUACGGUAACCUACUUAUCGAUUUCUCAUACCUCCUCACCAAGGUGGAGGAGAAGACAGGAUCUCCAGAGAAGCCGCUUUCUGACAUGGGACUUGUUUCCUAUAGGAAUUACUGGCGCCUACGGCUUUGCCGAUACUUCAUAGAAACGCUGAAAGACGAUGGGCACAAGCAAAAUGGCCUUACUAUUAAGCAAAUAUCAGACGACACGGGGAUGACGCCUGACGAUGUUAUUGCUGCUCUGGAAGGCCUUCGAGCGCUGGUGCGAGAUCCGCACACAAGGGUAUACGCGUUUCGCAUCGAUUUGGAAUACUGCCAGCAGUAUGUAGCCAAGUGGGAGUCGAAGGGCUAUGUUCAGCUGAAGCCCGAAGGCCUCGCUUGGACACCAUACGUGAUGGGUCGCAGCAACGCUGUGAAUUUUGAGCUUGGCCCACCUAUCAAUACCAUUGCGCCUCGAGAAGAUGAUGAAGCAAAGGUCGAGGAAGGUGGGGACGAUAUAUCUGGAGAGACUCAAUCCAUCAUCAUGAAUGACGAUCUGAAUGAUGGUUCACAAUCAAUAGCUGGCUCAGUAUCAGAGACGGGCGAUUCAGUCAACAGCAAUCCCGAACUCACCCCCAUCCUGUCGAUUGAGGAGAAGAUGGCGCCUGAAGAUAAAGAGAAUGCGGAACCGCAGGACGAAAUCAUGGACGAUGCAGACUCUGAGGAGGACUGGAAGGCAAUGUAUCGCGAUAUACCGCCAAACCGCUUUGAAGUUUUCCCCCCUGUAGCUGGCAGCCGCCGCACAGACCGUUCACGGCAAAGCGUAAGCAGGCCUUCGGGGUCGCGUACAGGGGGAGGUAGCAGCUCCCGGCCACGGCCAAAGAGAGCCGGAGGUAGCAGCCGUCGACCUACUCUCAGCCGACCUAAGAGCAGCGGAUCACGGAGAAGAACGGGGGGCACGGGUCGCGGCCCUGGAAGGUGGCCUAAAGGGACGAAGAAGUCAGAUUACGGUAACGCAGACAGCGGUCCUGGGCUACCACCUGGCUGGAGAGACAAGCCGCCGGGGACAGAAAUGGACACCAACGGCGAUCACAGCGUUGGAACCUCUUUAGCCGAUGAAGACCCUGCUAAAGACGAAGUUCGAGUCAUGACCCCUCAGCCGUCAAGUAAUGGGUUCGUACUAAGCGUGCAGCUCGGAGGACAAGCUGCUGAGGCUUCUGACCACGGCAUCAAUGGAGGAGACGAAGACGAAGACGGCGAGGACGAGGAAGAGGAAGAGGACGAGGAACUGGAUGUUGACGCUGAAGGCGAGGACGAAUAA